AUGGAUAACCCGGUCUUCCAGAAGAAAUUCAAAAAACAAACCUACGGGUGCGCCGGUGAAGUAAGGAAACUACUUACCACGCAGACGGGAGUUACCUUCCUCGAUGAAGAGAAUUAUAAAUUUCGACUAGACAACGGGGCACUACUAAAACUGUAUGCUAGUCCAUACACGCCAUCACUAGGUAGUGGGGCAUUUCGAUACCACCCAUCUCAGGGCCACGAGUUUUCAAUUGAUAACGCUGAUAUUGUUAUCACUCACGGUCCUCCAAAGGGUAUUUUGGAAGUAACAAACUCCUGUCAGCGAGCCGGAUGUCCCUUUCUGUUCGAGGCAGUCGCCCGAGCCCGGCCACGCAUGCACUGUUUCGGGCAUAUCCACGAAAGUUGGGGGGCUAAGCUUGUUACUUGGUGUCAAAAGGCUAUACCAGCCAUGGUUCGACCCGAUGCAAGACCGUUGGAAUGGGGUUCGGAGACGCUUUUUGUUAAUGCUGCGAUUAAGGGUGGAGAGGCGUUACCAGUGCAGCCGGCGUGGAUUGUGGAGUUUGAUCUUUUAUCGGCAUAA